AUGGCGUUCGACUCUUUCUCGGAUAUCGAGCAGCGCAAUCGCUUGCCAACCCUCUUUGAGGUCCUCAGCCGUCGAACUCUGGCUCCAGUCGAUCUUUUCUCCUUCUACAUCUACAUGCGAGACCAGCAGCGCUCUGUGGAUUAUCUGGAUUUCUGGCUCGAUGUCUCUCAACAUAUGUCCUUAUGUCGCCAUUAUGUCCGAGAGCUGCGCCGAUCGGUUUUAGUAGCAACACCGGAUCUCGAGAAGUCGGGAAGCAAACGUUCCUCGACGGUCCUCGAUAACCUGGAGAAUUUGGGGGAUAUUCCGCUAGUCGAGGCCGGCCCGUCGGGCAUGCGCGGUGGGAUACGUGAUGCAGAAGAGAGAGAAGCGGAUCAGCGAUUGUCUGCCUUCCUUCGCUCAGAUGGGCGCCCGGCUGGACACUCCCCUCAAAGCAGCCUUGGAUCCCAGUCUGCUGCCCGAAUCCCUUCCAAUGAACGUCCUUCCGGGCGCAGCCUGUCGACGCCUGAGAUGGCGCACGACUCGAAUUCCCCAGGCCAUACCGUUGCGCGGCCUGAUAUCCGUGCCAGCGCGGAAAAGAUCUUGUACACGUUCUUACUUCCAGGGUCCGAGCGGGAGGUCGUACUACCGGAAGAAUUGGUUGUACCAGUAAUUCAAAUGAUCGAAGAAGAGGGCCGAGAUGACCCGGAGGUCUUUGACCAGGUCAAGGAUUACGUUUUUCAGGCCAUGGAACGGGACGCCUUCCCAGGGUUCUUGCAGGCAAAGGCUCUGGGCAACCUUGUUCCAUUGAGCGUUCUUGCACGCUUAGCCUUUGCACUAAUCAGUUUCGGAGGCGGGUUCUGGGGUGCUUUCUACGUCGUACUCAGAGACAAACCAAGGCAUAUUCGCUGCUGGGUGAUUCUACCUUUCGUCAUCGCCUCGUACUUCCUCACAUCUUAUCAAUACAAGAUCGACCCUGUCAUGGCGUUUCUGGGCUAUAGCGAAUACACCUUUAUGAACUGGGCCCCAAUCCGCGAACCAUACGUCCGGAAGCUGCUCAACAAGAGAGCAACAGCGACUGCCCUUACCGCUUUCUUCGUCGCUGCCGCCUUGAGCAUCCUGUUCAUCCUCGUCCCCGGCACGAUGCUCUGA